GCCAUGAUUUUGCAGAUUGGACACCACGUAGACUCCUUUUUUAAGGUCCACACAAUUGAUCCAAGCCUACCACUUUUAUUUUGGUGAGAAAAAAUGAAAACAACUUGAAAGUGUUCACCGGAAAUUCUGUCCCGGAAGUCUAGUUUUUGCUGGAUUCUCGGAGCUGCUCUCUGUCUUCAAACUCGUGGAUUUUUAGGACUGCUAACUAGAAAAUUAGCGUCAAAAUAAUUAAAAGGAUUCAGAGGAGAGCUCGUAGUUUUACAUGCCUUUAUAUUACUGCAUAUCUCCUGAACAGCUGUAACUGGAUAAUGAAGAAUACGACUGCCGAAUUAGGUUACCGGAUGGAUGGCUGUUCAUGGAAAGUAGAGGUACAUUGGUAACUUAGCUAACUAGUUGGUUUUCUGCCUUAUAUUGUUCUCUGUAGUGAGAAAUCCGCUGUAAGGACACAUUUUAACCAUCACGCACGCCUCAACCCAAUCAUCAAAUGAAGUUAUGCCUCCAAGCAAACGUUCACGUAGAGAGGAUGCCGAGGUUGAGCUUGUUUGCGAGUGGGAAUCGUGUCAAGAUACAUUCAGUAGGAUGCAGGAAUUCUGCGAACAUGUGGAAAAACAUCUUCAAGCCCUGCGACUGGAAGAUGAGGAUCCCGAAACCCUGGCUGAGGAGCAGAGCUGCUUGUGGCAGGAGUGUGGCUUCUGCUCAGUGGAGGGUCCAGGGGAGCUUCUGAGGCACGUGUACUUCCACUGUUACCACACCAAGCUGAAGCAGUGGGGGCAGAACGUGCUGCAGAGCCAGCCUGAGCUGGGCUCUUGCGUGCUGGGCCUCCAGAACCGAAACAUCGUCCCCGACAUCACCGACAACUUUGUCUGCCAGUGGGAGAACUGCGAGACCUCACUGGAUAACCCGGAGUGGUUUUACCGACAUGUGGAGAUGCACGGAAUGUGCAUGGACAUGAAGUCCAACGGCAAAGAGGAAAGCGUGGUGCGCUGUGGGUGGAAGGACUGUGAGGCGACCUUCAAGGCCCGCUUCAAGCUGCGUGAGCACCUGCGCAGCCACACGCAGGAGAAGGUGGUGGCCUGUCCCACCUGCGGGGGCAUGUUUGCCAACAACACCAAGUUCUUUGACCACAUCCGCCGGCAGACCACCAUUGAGGGCCAGCGGUUCCAGUGCUCUCACUGCUCCAAGCGAUUCGCCACGGAGCGACUACUGCGGGACCACAUGAGGAACCACGUGAACCAUUAUAAAUGCCCACUGUGUGACAUGACCUGUCCAUCUCCCUCCUCUCUGCGUAACCACAUCAAGUUCCGCCACAGCAACGAGAAGCCUUACAGCUGUGAAUACUGUGAAUACAGCUGCAAGAACCUGAUCGACCUGCGCAAGCAUCUAGACACCCACAGCAGCGAACCGACAUACCGCUGUGACGUGUUUGAGUGUGACUACUCCACACGCUCCCUGCACUCAAUCAAGAGCCAUUACAAGAAGGUUCAUGAGGGAGAUUUCAUUCCCCGUUACAAGUGCCAUGUGUGUGACCAGUGCUUUACCAGGGGCAACAAUCUCACCUCCCACCUUCGUAAGAAGCACCACUUUAAAUGGCCCUCAGGGCACCCCAGAUUCAGGUACAAGGAACAUGAGGAUGGCUUCAUGCGGCUGCAGCUGAUUCGCUACGAGAGUGUGGAGCUGACGGAGCAGCUAAUGGAGAGGCAGGAGGGCGGGGACAGGGGAGGUGCUGAGGACAGAGGACUGGGCGGGGACACCGAGGCGUCUCAGACCGACUGCCCCGCGCAGGGGGCGGCAGCGGCCAAUGGGGGCGGAGGGGAGGUGGGGGUGGCGGAGCUGAGAGGCAUCGUGCUGGACGGCGUGCAGGCCGACGGGUCGGGGGCGGGGGGGAGCGGCCUGGGACCCGUCAUUCACGUGGAGAGCGGGACCAACGAGCAGGGCGAGAAGGUUUUCUACGUGCUGACCAGCGCCGGUCCAUCCCAAGAGCUGAUCCUCCCCUCCGCCCCCGAGGACGGGGGGGGCAGGGCGGACAGCGUCAUGAUGCAGCUGCAGGACACUGCCCAGCAGCUGGGCAUGGAGGUGGUUUAGCCCCGCCCCAAUCCCCUCCCCACACCCAUCGCUUCCCCUGCCAGUGUCCCUAGAUCUGAGAUCAAAAAGGGCAGUGUGCACUAAGCUAGAAGUUGUCCAGUUUACACAGGUUAACAGACCUCCACCAUGAUGAGCGCACUCACAGAACAGAGGGAUUGGAAAAACCAGUGGUUUCCUCCUUCGCUUCUUUCUGCUUAGGCCUUUCAUGAAGAAAUUUGUUUGUUUAUUUCUAUCCAGGGCAACACAAGCGUUGCAUAACUCCCGUUUUACACAUCUGUUUACACACAAAUAUAUUGUGAGUAAAUCCGUGGUGAUUUUGGUUGAGUGAAAUGUCGUACCGCCUUCUGCUGUGUCAUGAUUUUACUCGGUCAUAUACAUGGUACGAUACGAGAGGUGUGUCUGCUAAAAGCACAGAAAUGACUGGCUUUAGACAAAGCAAGGGGGCAUUUGCUGUAUUUUUAAAUGCAACCUUUUUUUAAAAAAAUAAAAUAAAACUGGCUGUGUUUGUACAGAAGUAUUUUUUUAUGUUGGUGAGGAAUUAUGUUGCUGUAUAUUGGCCUGUCAGUGUGUCCUAAAUGGAUGUCAGUCAGGUCUCCUAUUGGACUCAAUGCAGGAAAAUACUGAAACUUUUUUUGUUUUAUUUUAUUUGAAAUUAAGGGUGUAAAAAAUAGUGUCUGAAAUAGAGUGCUCCCCCUGGAUCAUGCAAGUCCCUUAUACAAAUUUAGAAUAAAAAAAAAAAAAAACCUACAGAGCUUUAUUUGAUAAUAUACGCACAUUGGUUGUAUAUCGACUUGUCUGUGGAAAAACCUUUAUACUGUGUAAAACAUUUCUUUUUCAUAUCUUGAUUCUCAUGCAAAGCUUAUGUUUUAUUCUGCUGUGGUUGAACAGCCAAUGGAACGGUAUCCCUCACCUAGACUGAGGAAAUAAAUGUGACUGAUAUGUAAUGGUGAAACCAUAGUUUCACCACUAGAUGGCACAAGGGGACAUUAUUAAUUGUGCCCCUUGGCAGUGCCUAGUGUUGGGUUUUGGUUUUUAGUUGUAUGGGAGCUGAUUAUCAUAAUCAGGGCUGACAAUUAUGUUUUCCAGGUAACUUUGUUUAAACUGCAACGAAAGAGUCAGCAGUGAUGGAUGCUGCUGUUCUGUCAGGACAGUGAUUGAUUGGAAGCGCCCUUGGAGUGAAAAGCUGGUCUGCAGCCUGGGCUGUGAUUGGUGACCCAUGCUGUGUGGUGUUUGAUAUUGCAGUUACCACUCUCAGCCACAAGAAGGCACAUGGGCUGUUUUCCCUGCCAGUUUUGAGCAUUCAGUCAUCCUGUUGCAGUGUACUGUGAGUUUGAGGAGGAGUGGGGAAUAAAUUAUUGCUCUGAAAAUUU